AUGCAAAUGGCUUUUCAUAUAUUGCACACCUUGAAACAUGGCGCAGAACUGCCUCCGGAAGUAAUAAAUUAUAUGUACGCUUCAGGAGCCUUUGUGAUUCUCAAGGAUUUCCCUGAAGGCCACGAAUUUGGUAUUGACUAUAAGUCAUGGACUGUAGGCCCAAAAUUCAUGGGUCUCAAGAUGAUACCUGCUGGAGUUCACUUCGUUUAUUGUAGCGUCAAAGGAGCGCCGAGGAUAGGAUUUUUUCACAACUUUAUAUCUGAGGAAAUAGUGGUGAAGAAAUGGGAUAAGAUUAAGGAAACCUUUUCCGAUGAGGUUGUAUCUGACGAAGAGGUGAAUCGGUUCAGAAUGAAUCUGAAGAACAUAGACUCGUCACUUGGCCCAUAUCCUUUUGAAAAUUACCGAAGUUGGUAUGCGUUAACGGAUUUCAUCAACGGACAAACGGUGGAGAGAUUGAAUCCUUUGAAGGGUAAAAUAUCAGCACAAGCCGAACUUGUAAGUAUGGAAACGUGCUUGAUGGAGAAUGAGGAGCUCAAUGCUACUGUUGGCUGUAGUAAUAGUGUCGAUCGGGAGCAUCCAGUUCGUACUCGAUUCGUAGACUCGCAAGGGUUGCCCAUUAUGAAGAUAAGGGAAGGAUUUGAAAUUCGAUUUUUGGCAAUACCGCAGCUAAAUAUGAAUGAAAAUCGAGUGGGCAUAGACUACACAGAUCGACUGGAGCGAGUCAUACGACAGCUUGAUGGUGACUGGAAGCAGCUACUAGCCGAAGUGCAAUUUGCCUUUGCGUGCUUUCUCAUUGGACAGGUUUUCGAAGGUUUUGAGCAGUGGAAACGCUUCAUUCAUCUUCUCUGCUGCUGCCCGUCUGCUCUCGGUCCCCGAUCCGACAUGUUCAUAGCGUUCAUCAGGGUUUUGUUUUUCGAGUUGAAAGAAUGCCCUACUGAUUUCUUCGUCGAUAUCGUAUCACGAGACAAUUUCCUUACAACCACACUGUCGAUGUUAUUCGCGAACAUUCGUGACUCCGAUAGUGCACCAGCCGAACUAAAAAAGAAGUCCAUGCAGUUCAAGACAUACCUCACGAAGGAGUUCAAAUGGGAUUUUGAAUGUGACUAGUAGAGAGUGUCAGUGCCUCUUUCCGGUGAUUCUGUUUUGUUGUUUGUUUGUUCCUCCAUGUAAACAGGUAUUUUCACUUUAUCAGACAGACAACAAGAUAGCACAGUUGAUCUCAGAAUUUAUUGGUUUUCAAUAAUAAAGAG